GGAAGCUGUGGUACGAAUUGAAAAUGUUGACUCAACUGUUCAAAAUAAUAGUGGUACAUGCAAUUGCUACUGCAGUUUCAUACUUUAGACCUGGAGGAUAUCAGAGAAAAUUUUUAUUUGAGGCUGAAUGUAAAACUGAGAUAACAACUGCGUGGCUGGUGGAUUAUGAUAAUCAUGCAUUAUAUAAACAUGGGAAAACAGGACGAAAACAGUCUCCAGUUCGCAUAUUUACCAACCUUCCUCCAAAAGAUAUCACUUUGCCUGCAGAAGAAGGGUACAGGUUUUGUUCACUUUGUCAACGAUAUGUAUCCUCAGCAAACAGACACUGUGAGAUAUGCCAGGCCUGCACAUCUAAAGAUGGUAGGCAAUGGAAACACUGUAAGACGUGCAACAGAUGUGUAAAACCAUCCUGGAUUCACUGUGACACCUGUUGUCGGUGUGUCCUUAAGGAGCACUCUUGUGGGAAAGCUGGAGAAGGAUGCUUUAUUUGUGGAAGCUCUGAACAUAAACGCAGAGAAUGUCCUCGCACAGCAAUCCUAAAAAGGACCACUUUUGAAGGAGCAAUACCACGGAAAAGAAGGUAUUUGGAGGCAGAGAAAGAGACUACUGGAAGAAUAGCUAAAAAUCAAGCACAAAAGAUGAGUGCCCAAAAGAAGAAAACAAUGAAAUUGGUGAUCGGGAAGUUAAAAAGGAAACAGAAGAAAAAGAAGCAGCAGCAGUUUAGGGGACAGACUACGUCCUGUGUCAAAUGACGUAGCUUUCCUUGACAAGCACAACCUAAUUUCUGCCGAAUGAAGGGCAAUGAGUACUGUCUAACAAUGUAGGGCCAUUGAAGUAUGUCCAUAAGGUGUCCUUCUUUCCAUUGCACUAUUCCAAUGUUAAUGCCUUAUUUCUUUCAAAUUUUGGACACAUAUUUGAUAAUAUGCCAGAGAAUAUUUGUAAACCUGUGGCCUCAUCUUAUUAGUAUAGUGCCACGUUUAGAAUCCUAUGUUUCCCAUUGUAUAUUCUCAUUUGAUUUGAAUGGUAAGUUUGUGAUUGUUUUCAACAAUUUCUGCAUGUGUAAUAGGUCAAUAAAACUUUUAUUUUCCUAUAAAGAGAGUUUACAGAAGCUGUAUAGUUAUGGAUUAGAUUUAUUCAAUUAAUUUUAGUUUGGUGAGAUUGCAUUUGAUUUCAGAAGAAGAGCACACAAGUUGCUUUCAUUUUUUUUCCUUUGGAUUAAUAUUGCAUUCAAGUUCACAAAAUAGCUCACUUGAUGACUAUCAAAGGAACCACAUCAAAGAAAGGGCUCUUCUUUAGCUCAUGUGGCUAUCAGAUAGAAAGGAAAACUUUGUAAUUUAAUGUCUAACACAACAUGCAUCCUGUUGUUUUGAAUACAGUGCUUUGUUCUUUUGUUUUCUUUGCGGCUAUAAAUUAUUUAUAUUGCAAUGAAGGAACAUGUUAAUUUGAAAGAAUAACAGAACAUUGGUUGCUCCAUUUGAAAUAUUGCUGAAUAUAUAAACUGUCACACUUAUGUUGCAUGUGAAAGACCAGAUUGUGAUUUACAAAUAUGUUGGAUGUGAAAUGGGAAAUAUUUAAAUAAGUUAAUCAUUGUAAAUUAUUUAGUUACAAUGCAAACUUGCACAGCAGGUAACAGGAUGUACUAUUUGAUAACACAAUUUUCUUGAGUCCAUAACUUGGUUUUGUUUUUUUUCAGAAGUACUUUAAUAUUGUAGAGGUUCUUAUCCAUUUAGGGUGCAUAACAUCAUAAUAUGCGCAAUAUUAACUGAGUAGAAAGUUUCUGAAAAUUAAAACCUAAAUAUUUUGCUCCAAGUUUGGGAACAGAAUUCGGGCAUUUAAAAUGUGGCUCAGCACUUCAGCUUUUGUGUUGGUGGGUCAUAUCUCCGGGGGGGGGGGGGUGCUGUGUAAAAGCCUUCCAGCUGUCACUCUUGCACCAUUCUGUUUGUCUUAGCCUCUAUGCCACUCCCCCAGCAUCUAUCACGUGCAGAACUCAAACCAUGUUGAGACUUAAAAAAGCCAAAUAUCUAUUAAUGAAUUCAUUAUUCAAAAAAAUUAAAAACUCAUUUGUUACAUAUAACUUUAUUCCCUUAUAAAGACAAAUUAAUGCCCUGCUCAGGUUUAUAAGCUAUUGGAUCUGAUUAGAUCUCUUCUCUCAAACAACACAUGAGAUCCUCCAGUCAACUGGCAUAUGAUGACACCCUAAAAUAAAUUAUUGUGCUGAUAUAUCUUAUCGUACCUUUAACCAAGUAAAACUUUGUAGUGUUAUCAACAAUGUUUUGAUAGUAAGCCACACAAGAAAUAAGGACAGGUGAAAAAGUCUUGAUUUAAUGAAUGUCUCUUACUGAAGGAAAGAAUUAGAGAUAUGGAAAUGUUUUGGGAAGGAAAUGGCAGAACUCUUGGCAGCUGAAUAAACAAUUGAAGGACUGCUGAGACCCAUGAAGGAUGUGAAGAAAGAGGGAACCUGACCAGGAAAGGGGAUGUCCAUGUUCUGUGACAUUGAGCUCCUCAUUGAGAAAACUUCCUGAAGCAACAGAGAAACAAAUUUUUUUUUCAUGUACUCGUUGAAUCCGGAAGCUUCAGUUUACCAAACCUAAGCACCACACUCUGAGAUGGUAGCAAAGUGGAGUUGAAAACAUGCAGGUAUAUAAAAACCUAUUCAUCUUUGACAGAAAGGACACAUGGAAUGUGUUACAAAUUGGACAGAUAGAUCUGACAGAUAGAGUGGCAUGGUGGCUCAGUGGGUAGCACUGCUGCCUCACAGUGCCAGGGACCAGGGUUCGAUUCCACCCUCGGGCGACUGUCUGUGUAGAGUUUGCACAUUCUCCCCGUGUCUGCGUGGGGUUUCCUUCAGUUUCCUCCCACAGUCCAAAGAUGUGCAGGCUACGUGGAUUACCCGUAAUGUCCAGGGAUGUUUGGGUUAGAUAUGGGGAAAUGUAGGAGUAGGGGAAUGAGUUUAGGUGGGAUGCUCUUUGGAGGGGUGGACUUGUUGAGCUGAAUGGCCUAUUUCCAUAGUGCAGGGAUUUUAUGAACCACAGCAGGUGUGAAAGCACUUCUGCAUAUAGAAUUUUAAAACUCCACAAUAAUGGAAUUGAAAUAAAAUGGUUUGCCCAAUCUCGUAACAAAGCUGAAUGUUUUUUACGAGCUUGUGCCUGAUUUAGCUGCCUUUACAGUUCAGCACAUUCUUUAAAUAAAUUUCCUGCUUUGUCAGAGGCUAAAAGCCACACUGAUUUUCAGCAGGUGUGUUUUUAUAGACCUCAACAUUUUUUAAGCUUAAAAUUUUUCAAAUGUUGUUCUGAUCAAAAAGGGAGAUAGAACCAUAAAACAGUCAGUGCACAAGGCAGAUCUUUUACAGCCAGUAUUCUUCCCAUUCACAUGUUAACUGCUAAUAUAAGUGAAACACAGAGCACAGGUGAACUACUUAAGGCUCUGGUUAGAUUAGUCAUUUUCCCCCUCCCGCUAAUCCUGUGUUAGAACAGAUGGGCAUUACGUUGACUCCAGUUCUGUUGCCAUUUUAUUUUUCAGUUUGGAUUUUUAAAAAUAUUGGCCCAGUCUUUGGUGUUCCUGCAGUGCCAGAUGGUGAAAUUGAAGCCUACAGCUGUGAGUCCUUCCCAGGGUCCAGUAUUAACAUGCUUAUAUACAGAAGAAAGAAGGAAGGUAGUUUAAAAAGAGGCUGAGGCCUAGACCCAGGGUUGACCUUGGGCUUCAAGGCAUGACCAUCAUUAUCUACACCAUGGUCUAGAGACAAGCCAAUGCUGAAAAUUACCUCUGCCAUGCAUCUCCAUAUCCUGCAAAACUCCCCAGGAAAGAGUUACUGUACAAGGGAAGCAUUUGUCCACCACUGCAGACACUAUUCAACAAUUCCAGAAUUUAAGUCCUUUUGCAAAACUUGUAAGUGUACACUUUGCAUAAAUCUGAAGAGUCCCCAAAAUUGAUGGUAACAUAUCAUUUUUGAGUUUCUUGAGAAUACUUCUCUUUCUCUGUCACUUGGAGAACUAGCAUCACGUAAUCACAAACCAGAUGCACAAAGUUUCUAAGAUAAGGUACUUACAAAUAAGUGUAAAAAAGAGCAUUGUACCAAAACUUAGUUUCUACAAUUGAUGAAACAUUAUACCUUGCUUUAGGUAUACAGAAAGCAAUGAGAAAAGUUGUCUACUUAUGUAGCAAUGAGCAGGAAACAGCUGAGAAGGCUGUGCUUCAAAACAAAUUAUUGACUCUGACCAGCUACCUGGUAAAAUAUUACAAUUUACUUUCCACUUUAAAACUGACCUCAUGUUGUUCCGUUCAUUGCACAAUAAAUUGUUAACAAAGUGCUUCAGACAUCCUGUGAUUGGGAAAGAUUGCAUUUUUAUACCAACAUUUGUUUCCAAAACUGCAUUUACAAUAUUGAAUGCAGGGUGUUAUGCAGAGCAAGAAACAAAAA